AUGGAAAGAGGCCAAGCAUCGGCGGAGGAAGGCUAUAACUCCGGCAUGUUUUAUUCAGCCGCCGUCAACAACCUGCAUGCACAAGGUAGCAACAACCACCGCCCACCGCCCGAGAAAGAUCAAGUCGGAGAAGGACGACAUGUCAAGAAACACUACCGAGGUGUUAGGCAACGGCCUUGGGGCAAAUGGGCCGCCGAAAUAAGAGACCCGAAUAAGGCUGCACGUGUUUGGCUCGGCACUUUCGACACGGCCGAGGAAGCUGCCCUCGCGUACGACAAUGCUGCUUUCAAAUUCAAAGGGUCGAAAGCCAAACUCAAUUUCCCCGAACGAGUCCAAUCGGGCUAUAUGAGCCACGACCUAAGUAAUACUACUACUGCGGCUACUGCUCGUCAUCAUCAACUAAUAAUCAGAGAUGACAUUUAUAAGGACCCGAACAAUAGCUUUCCUCCACCGGAAAUAUCUCCUCAAUCGGACCCCACAUUACUACGCAACUCAUUUCCGGGUCUCGAGCAGUAUGCACAAUUGUUGUCGAGCACUAGUGAUAUUGAUGUCGAUUUGCCGUAUUUCACGAGCAGUUCUAGGGAGGAUCGAAAUGAGCAAUUAGGGUGUGACGAUUACUCGUCCGUCUCCACUGCAGAAAUUGGUGACGAUCUUUCAGCUGCAGCCGGCUCGAGUGUUACGGCAACUAAUUACACGGGGGGCAACUACCUUGAGCCUAGAAACCCAAUUGAGUGA